ACGGAAACGGAAGGGGUGGUACACAUGUAAAGUGAAAUCUCGAAGCUAGCUGCCCGAGUUAUUAAUUUUUUCAGUAAACAAUUAUGGCGGCCGCGGAUCCCUGGUCCUCGAGUCAUGGCAGGCCCACAAGCAGAGGAGAGUUCCCGGCUGGUGAGAGCAGCAAUGAGCGCGAUGGCCCGGGAGGAAGCGGCGGAGAGGGAGAAUCCGAGCCAGAUCGGUCAACAUUCGAAUGCAACAUUUGUUUGGACACAGCAAGGGACGCUGUCAUCAGCUUGUGCGGGCACUUGUUCUGCUGGCCCUGCCUUCAUCAAUGGUUGGAGACACGGCCCAGCCAACAGCAGUGUCCUGUGUGUAAAGCAGGCAUCGGCAGAGAGAAAGUCAUCCCCCUCUACGGCAGAGGGAGCUCCAGCCAAGAGGACCCCAGGUUGAAAACCCCGCCUCGGCCUCAGGGACAGAGAACGGAGCCAGAGAGCAGAGGGCCCUUCCAGGGGUUUGGGGACACUGGCUUCCACAUGUCCUUUGGGAUCGGUGCAUUCCCAUUUGGCUUCUUCACCACAGUCUUCAACACCAAUGACCCCUUCCACAGAGCAGACGCAUAUGCAGCCGAUCACCAAGGCAACCCUGACAACGGCAACAACUGGCAGGACUCUCUCUUCCUGUUCGUGGCCAUCUUCUUGUUCUUCUGGCUGCUGACUGUGUGAGGGAGAAGAUGGCUAGAAGGUGGAAAAGGAGAGGUGUAGGGAUGGGGGAGUGUGUGUGUGUGUAUAUAUAUAUGCUUAUACACACACAUCAAAGCAUCAGGAACGACCAACUUUCUUGUUCAGUAGUGACUGGGAGACUUUAGACUAUAGAUGGGUGGUGGUGGGAUGACUGUCAGUUUACUCUUAGCAAGUGAUAUCUAAUGCAGCAAACAAACGAGUCAAAUAUAUGUCUAUCCCCCCCAAAUGAUUUAUGAGAUUAAUUUGGUUAGGGAGAGUACACUGAGACACCACUCUAUGGUGGUGGUGGUGGAUGAUACCCAAAUGUGAGGGUGAGUGAAGCGAAGUCAAUCUAUCCACCUUCCUCUGCAUUUGUACAUAAAUACACCACACACACACAGUGGAUACCCGGGUUGAGGUGUGGGGGCUGACUUUUUAGGGAUGGGACUGGUGUAUAGACUGGAAUCAGUGUUGAGAGAAAUGGUUGGAUUGAGUUAAUUGUAAAUUAGGGGAGUAUUACAAUAAUCACUAAGUAACUUUACUGUACCACAAUACCUAUGUGGUUAACAUAGAGAUACAGUUGAAGUCAGAAGUUAAAAUACACCUUAGCCAAAUCAAUUUAAACUCAGUUUCACAAUUCCUGAUAUUUAAUCCUGGUAAAAAUUCCCUGUCUUAGUUCAGUUAGGA